UGCAACUUCAACGAUGCUGCAGGAUCCAAAUUUCAACCUCGACAACAGCACAGAAUGAGUCCUAGGAUCGCAAUCGUCGGCGCAGGUCUUUGCGGCCUCACAAUUUCCCGACUGUUGGAAUGCAGAGGAAUCGAAUUCGCUCUUUUCGAAAAGGGCGAAGAGGAUAAGCAUCUUCAGUGUGGGGGUGGCUCUGUCGACAUAUACAAGGACACCGGGCAGCGAGCGCUGCGAGAGGCCAACUUGCUAGAUGAGUUCCUCAAAUUUGCAAAGUUGGGAGACGACAAGCUGGCGAUCUACGAUAGACAUGGGAAGAAGUGGGCUGAAGUCGGUGGCGACGACGAGCAUUUAGGUCAAGGGCCACCUCAGAUUGACCAACUGGUACUGAAACGGAUGCUUUUACAAUCAUUACCGAAAGAAAAGAUACAUUGGGGUCACCGAGUCAGUUCCGUGGAAUUGGGUGCCAAGGGUAAACCGAUUUUGAAAUUCGCAGAUGGAUCAACAGGAGCUGGGUUUGAUCUUGUCGUUGGCGCCGAUGGUAUUUGGAGCAGGGUGCGUGAAUCGAUAAUUUCAUGCAAACCUCGAUAUUCGGGUAGAUACUUUAUCGAAUCGAGAGUAGGUCCCAACGAUGCCAUGUAUCAGUAUAUCAUGACCGAAUUCGGCACCAACGAUACUGCAAUUCUGGACGGAGCAAAGCAAGUGAUAAUCCAGCGGCUAGGGGACGGAUCUUUUCGACUAUACCUUGGUAUUUCUGUUCCAGAAGAUUUUCUCUUGGUAUCACCCGACCUAACAGAGCUAUCGAAUAUACGCCGUCUACUUCUCUCCCAGGAAUUUUUCGGGGGAUGGGAUAUGAAGCUGAAAAACGUGAUCGAAAAAUGCGAGAAAUUUCACAUCCGACCGCUGUAUUAUUUCCCACCCGAUGCCUUGGGCUGGGACUCUGUUCCGGGUCUCACACUAGCAGGAGAUGCUGCCCAUGCUUCGACCCCGUAUAUGAAUGAAGGGGUAAACUGCGCUAUGGUGGAUGCUAUCACCCUUGUGUCCAAGAUCGCUUCAUAUGAGGUUGAGGGUCUGUUCCAAGCUGUCCGAAAGUACGAGGAGGCCAUGUUUGUUCGUGGCAGGGAUUUGAUUACGGAGAGUCAGAAACAAGGAGAAUUAAUGUCCCACGAGGAUGGGCCGAAUGCGUAUCUGCAGGCCAUUCAGUUGGGAGCUAUGGAGGGGGAUGGACCGGCAGGUUUCCAUCGACAAGUCGUGUAUUGUUAA